UGCCCCAUGCGGUCAACAAAACCGCCCCUACCCGUGCGGUUUUCGUCAGAACUGCGCCCUUAGGUGGCAGUUUUCGUGAAAGGGUGCUAUUUUUGGAAUUUUUUGGGGCUGGGUGUUAUUUUUAAAAGUUUUUUUGGUUAUAGGUAUAAUAUGCCCCUCUACUAUGACAUUUUAUCAAACAUGCCUUUCUACUAUUUUUUACAUCCAACAUGCCCCUGUACUUUGACAAAAUUAUCAAACAUGCCCGUCUGCUAAAAUUUUCAUUGAAAAAAAUUGUCAAUCAUGGUUGAACCAAGAUUUAGACAACCCGACAUAGGCAAAUAGGAGGGAAAAUAUCAGUUUUUUCCCUCGUUUUAUUUCUCUAGUUCUCUUCAAUGUGAAAUUAUUUGAAUUAUUUGGCUAUACAAAAGAACCAAAAAAAUUCUAAAGUGAAAUUAUUAGGGAUAUUUUAGACAUUUGUGUCGCCCAAACCAAAGUUUGCGUUGGUUAACGAUUUUUGGAUGAAAAUUUUAUAAAAGUGCAUCUUUGAUAAUUUUUAUAAAGUACAUGGGCAUGUUUGAUGUAAAAAAUAGUAAAAUGGCAUGUUUAAUAAAAAAUCAUAGUUGAGGGGCAUGUUAAAAAACAAUUUUAUUUCUGGAAAAAAAUCUCAAGUUGUACAUUAAAUUAAAUCAGCAAUGCUUUAUCGUCCUCGAGAAACCUAUUCCUUACUAAUUCGUUCAUGAAAUCUACUAUUAAGGGCAUGCAACAUAAAUGAUGAAGAAAUCCAUGGACAUCAAUGAAAAGGAGAAACAAACUGACAAAGGUACAACAAUAAUUAAUAAAAUAGUCAUAAUAAUGGGAUUUCGUAGGGCAUUUGCUCUUCUAUAAAUAACAAAGAAGCAGUGGUACCGUAAUUGCCACGCAUUAAUCUCCUCCCCUAUUCCUCCUUUCCCUUCGUUUACACUGUUUUUCUUUGCCACUGGCUAAUAGCUAGCCUCGGCUCUGUCUCCCUCCCAUGGCGGCGCGACGAGUGACGAUCAGAAGUACGCACAGAACUAUCACCAGCAGCAGCCGGCAGCAGCCGCGCAAACCCAGAGGCCAGUUCGCUUCCUAACGCAAUUCCUCCUCAGAACUAUGUCCUUCGCCUUCGCAUUGGCCUGCCGCCGUCUCCACAUUCACCAACAAACAAACCACCGAGGUCCUUCCAGGCUUCUUCUUCGUGGGUCGCUAUUCCUACUCCUCCGCCUUGCGAUAUGUAGUCCUCCAAUUAACAAAUUAUUACUUUAAAAUUAGAAACCACAACAACUUAAACUAACACCGAACUAUUAAUUAAUGAUGCGCCAAUCCUCUGUUUUAAGCUUUUAUUUGUUCCACUGCCUGCCACUAAUAUAUUUGUUGUUGGGAUCCUGGCAGAUUCUUCGUGGUGGCGAACAGCGUGGCCGCGACUUUCUCGAUGGUAUCGCUGUUGCACUUCAUCGUCGUGCGCCGGCGACGGGGCUCCAACGUUUCCCCUACUUGAAUCUAUUUUAAUGAUCAGAAUCAUUGUAAGAUUGAGUAAGCGCAGAUGGUGAUGGGACUGGUGGUGGCGGGAUGCUCGGCGGCGAUGGCGAUUGGUGUGAUAGGGAAGUACGGGGAGAACCACUCCGGCUGGAUGCCGAUUUGCGACCACUUCCAUCGAUUCUGCAACAGAGGAACCACUUCCCUUGCUCUCUCUUACAUAUCUCUUGUCCUCCUGUUCAUCCUCACCAUAAUGUCCAGCCGCAACUCCAGCCGAUCCAACUGACACAAACGCAGCUCUGCCCGUGGCCUCUUGCACGGUAGAUGAAAGAUGGCCCGCGGGGGACUGAUCUAAUGCUCUUAAUUAAUCAUUGCAAGCAGUGUAAAGAAUUAAUUAAUUAAGUAGUCGUCUAUUAGCCAAGAAAACAAAAUUUAUGUACAAGUCUCACAGAGUUCCGUUGCUUCUUCUUGAGUUUGUUAGAGCUGACCUCGCUCGCUCUCGACGUCUCCUCCUCCUCUAUAUUUCAAUCCUGGUAGUGUGUUUACUUGUGUAACGCAAGUUGCUUGGAUGCAUUCCCCCCUCUCAAGUUUUAGUGUUAAAUCAGCAAAGCGACUACGAUCCUUUUCACUUCAAAAUUUCAUAGAUGUAAAAAGGGAAUGAAUAGAAGCCCAACACUACUAAAUUAUGAUAUGGUCACCAUCAGACUGUUAGAAACCAAAAGAAGAUCCGUGGAUACCGAGUUUUGUUGUAUAUAUAAGAUAUAUGAUGAUGUCUGUAAAAAAAAGAUAUAUGAUGAUGCCAAUAAAAAGCUAUACUAUGGAAGUCGAUGAGUUUUGGAGAGAAUUGAACAAGAUUAAUUGAAUGGGAAAAGGUAUUUUUGUCUUUUAUUAAAUUUAUUUGACAAUACGCACAUGCAUAGCCAUAAUUUUUCACAAGGCUUAAUUGCAAGUUUGGUCACUCGAAUUGCUACAAAAUUUCACGUUUGCCACUCAAAUUGAUUUAUUCCAUUUAUAGUCACUUAAAUUAGUUAAACCGUCCAAGUUCGGUCACUCUCCGUUAACCACUGUUAGACUCUGUUAAUGACGACCGUUAAGUGAUGACGUGGUUAACAGAAAAUCACAGACAUCAUUUUUUAACACUAAAAGAAGAUAGACCCGACCCGCCACGUCAUAUUUACCCGCCAUGUCAGUCCUACUUGCCCAACCCGCGAACCAACCCAAUAAUUGACCCAACCCCAAACCCGAGACCCAACCCCCCUGAAAAAUAAAUCGAAACAGGAAAGCCAAUCUCUUCCCCCCAAUCUCUUCCCUGUCGAGCAUCACCAUCGACCGCGGGUAGAAAUCACAACCCUCCCCAAAAGUUUAUCAUCGUCUGCCUUCUCCCUCCCCUUCCCUACUUCUUCUUCUUCUUCCAAGACUCGUACCUUCCCAAUUUCCUCUUCCUUCACUUCUCUUGCCUGUGCUCCAGUUCCACUCCAUUUUUUUAACUUCCGUCUUCUCCUAGUUAGCUUCUCGCACUUCUCCUUCGUUUCCACAAUAACCCAAUUCCCUUCGAUUUCCAUUUCCUAUUUCUGGGUCUCCUUCCUUUUUCUUCUCUCUUCUUCUUCUUGAUGUAGGAUUUACUUUCUCGGUAACCAACAACCAAGGGGGGAGACAGAAGAAGUUUUGACAUGGUGUGUAUGAAAUUCAGAGCCGUUCUACUCGUCCUUCCCUGCUUUUCUCGGCUUCUUUCGACGCAGUCCUUGUCGGAGUCAAUGCCCACAGGCGGAGCCGCGACGCUAAUUAACCUGAGCUUCUACCCUUUCCCUGUCGAGCAUCACCAUCGACCGCGGGAGGAAGAGAUUGAGGGAAGGGAUUCAGGGCGGCGGCGCGGCGGCCUCCAUCCCUCCUUCUUCGACGAUUUGAUUUUCGAACAGGUGGGUGAGGAGAGACGCGGGAGGAUGAGAUGACAAUGGAGGAAGAAAAAGUCCCCUAUCCUUUCCUGUUUCGAUUUACUUUUCAGGGGGGUCGGGUCUCGGGUUUGAAGUUGGGUCAAUUAUUGGGUUGGUUCGCGGGUUGGGCAAGUAGGGCUGACAUGGCAGGUAAAUAUGACGUGGCGGGUCGGGUAAUCUUUUUUUAGUGUUAAAAAAUGCUGACUGUGAUUUUCUAUUAGUCACGUCAUCACUUAACGAUCAACAUUAAUGGAGUCUAACGGAGGUUAACGGAGAGUGGCCGAACUUGGACUGUUCAACUAGUUUAAGUGACUAUAAAUGGAAUAAAUCAAUUUGAGUGGCAAACGUGAAAUUUUGUAGCAAUUUGAGUGACCAAACUUGCAAUUAAGCCUUUUUCACAAUGUGACAAUUAUAGCCAAUAUUUGAAAAAUACACCAAUAUAGCUAGAUUUUAAAAGUACGCUCGACAAAUUUAGCCAUUUCUGUUAGAAAUAUUGACGGCGUUAGAGAUGCCAUCAACACCAAGCUGAGGUGGUGCCUUCUCAGUUUCCACAUCACUCUAAGUUGCCAUGUGUUCAUUAUGUCAAAUUAAAAAAAUAUUAUUUAUUAAAAAAAUCAUAGGGGGCUUCCUUCAGGUUCUCCGGAGAAGAAGAAUCGUCCGCUUCCUCCCAAUUCAUGUUCCUUUUCCCUUUUUUUUUCACUCAAUCUUCACAAAGAAAAUGUUGGAAGCCAAAUGCAAGAAGAAGAAGAACCCCAAACCCAAAUAGGCGAAGAAGAACAACCCCAAAUCCAUAAUCAGAUAGACGAAAAAGAACCCAAAUCUUGAAACGUACAACCCAUAAUUUGGCGAUGGUGCCGGCAUGCCUUCAUCAAUCGUCCCAAUCUGGGUUUGUUAUUUGCACCAGGAGAAAAGUGAGCUCCUGAAAUAGGGUCGAAGGCCUCUCCUCCGCCGAAGUACCUUCUUCAUCCAAUCUGUUUUAUCUAGGUUUGGGUUCUUCACCGUCAUCUUGAGGGGGGCCUGAUUUCAAAUCGACGGCCAUAACUCCCUAGUUAGAGAGGCGGCAAAGCAUGAACUAGAUCUCGUUGGCACGGAUGGAGGAGAAGAGUUUGAGGCAAAAUACGGAGAAGAUCUCUAGGUGCAAAAUCUUAUAGAGGUUGUGCCAGCAAUCGCCAUAGGGGGCCCAUGAGAUAUUAGUGUAUUCAUAGUCAAAGUUUUUGCCAACAAGGAGGCAGGGUCGGUUGGAGAAGAACACCUCGUUAUGGCGAGGCAUUCCUUGGCGGCAGAGGGGGAAUGAACAACGUCAUUUUCAUUGGUAGAGAGUUGAACGAAGUUCGGUAUUUUGAUGGAUAGUUCACAGUUCUGUAAAGCUUAGGAAUUCGCCAACAAAAUCAGGUCGAAAGAAAUUGGGGAGUUUGAGGACGCCGCCGGAAUUGGUCAGGGAAGGAGUUGAACGAGAAGAGUCGGGAUCUGGUAUAUCACACCUUCAACCGGUGGUGGUUUGUAUUGAGAAAAUAAGGUUAUGGGAUAUCAUACCUCUGUUGCUCGACGAUGGAAUGGGUCUGGGAGAGAGAGAGGAAAACGAAUAGGUGGAGUGUGGAUAUUAUAUUUUUUACUUCUUGUUUAAUUUAUAAUUAAUUCAAAAGGGAUUUUUUCCACUUGGAAAAUUUUUGACGAAAACAUGUCACAUCAGCUAAAAAGGUUGGUCCAGUCAGCAUUCACAUUUAGUCUGUUAAUGUUUUGGAUGGAAUGACUAUUUGUCUCUAUUUUUCAAAAGUGGAUGUUGUUGGAUUUGUAGGUUUCUUUAGCUUCUCUCCUUUGUGCUCUCUGAUUUUGCUAUCGGCUUUCCAUGUUCAGCUAUUUGAACUUGAUUAUGUGUUUCUCUGGUGUUUAUGUUGUGUUUUCAUGUGUGGGUCUAUCUUAAAUUAAUUUAUGCAUUUUCAUUUUAUAUUUUUUGUUGUUGUGAUUUUGUUAUUGACAGGAUAGUUGCUCUUCAUCUCUAUUUUUCCUUCUUAUUUAAUUUACGUGUCCAAUGAGUGAUGUUAAUAAUAAUGAUAUUGUUCCAUUUAAUGGAGCUAGUUCUUCUUUUAGCACAGUUGAAUAAGGAGGUAAGUUUUACUAAUGUUCUUUGAUAAAUGGUAAUAUGAAGUUUGAUACCAUAUCAUACUAUUGUGGUAGGUAUUGAUAUUAUGCAGAUGAAUAGAAUUAUGUUAUUUUUGUGAUUGACUGUAAUUAUACUUAUGUUACUACAACAUACCAUAGUCAUAUGGUUUGGUUAUUGUCCGUGAAUAGAAUUAUUAUACAAUAACAUACCAUGGUGGUACGGUUUGGUAAUAGUAGUGACCAUAAAUAUUUUUACCGUAGGAAACCAUGGUGGUACUGUUUGGAAAUAGUCUGUGAAUAGAAUCAUUUUUACCAUAACAUACCAUGGUGGUUUGGUAAUAAUAUGUUGAAUAUCGUUAUGUUAGUUUUUUGUUUUGUUAAAUAGUAGUAUGAUUGUUUUUAUUACCAUUGUAUAUCACUUUGUAUGAUUUAUAUACAUAAUUAAUGGCAAUAUUACUUUUCCCUUUCUUUAUAUUAUAGGUUUCCAUGGUAUAGAUCUUGAUGUUCCAUGUUCUCUGAAGGACUUAGAGUUCUUUAAGUUGACCAUGCAUACAAAUUUUAUGUGGAUUAUGCAAACCAUGUAAGAAGCUAAAUAAUUGUUCAUUAGCUAUUUAUUAUAUCAAAUAUGGUUGCAUUAAGAAAGGUUGGAGGGAUGGUAGUGUGCUAAUAUAUGACAUAUUGAUACAAAGGUUCGUAUCCAUCGUGUCCCUGAAAAACAGGGCUAGAUAUGAUGGUGCUUACAUUUGAAUAAGGUGAAUUAAAGUUUUUAGUUGUUAUAAGAUUUAUAGGUGGUUUAAUGUGCACAAUCAUGACAUGAUUCCUAAGAGUAUGUAUCAUUGUGUGAGAUCAAAUAGACAAAUGGCUCUUAUGUACAAAAUGUUGGCAUAUGUUAAUGAUGUUGCUUGCAUAGGUGUUUAUCACUCUCAUAUUUGAUACAUGCUUCUCUUCUAUCAAUCAUCUUUUGUAUAAUUUGCCAUAUUUUAGGUAGAAAUCAUUACAAUGUGAUCAAUGCAUUUUUAGUAGAACUAGGAUGUUUUUGUAUCAUAUUAUGUCUUUUGGGUUUUGUUUUAUGAUUUUCAAGUUGGUUCGUCCAUUAAGCGAGGUCAAAUCAAGGGAAAACUUUCAUGAAGUUGUCAUAAGAGCCCAAGAGAAUUCCACUGGAGAAUUUUAACAUAAUCCCAUCAAAAAACUCAUGAUGGCUUUAUGAUGGGGUAGCAUCCACUGGGACAAACCCAUCAAGUCGUGCUGAAAAUCGAAUGAGGAGUUACUUAAGGGACAAGCAAACCAAUGGAGCAAAGAACCACAUGGCUAGUCCGAUUGCUGUUGGGUCGCCGCAUGCCUAAGCCUAAAUGAAUCUUUGAAAUAUUC